AUGUCCAUCCCCAGGCGUUUUGAUCUCGAUCUUGUGGUGAACACGUUUCAUGCACUGUUCGCACUCCCCUCCCUUGUUAUCCUUCCGGCGGCGGCGCUCUUCCUUGCGAACCGCGGUCAGCCGUUCGAUGCGAUGCUUCAGCAGGCGUCGAAGGUCUGCACCUGGCACGAGCUUGUGUGCGUGAAGCACAAGUGGAUUAGCUGGGUGAUGAUCUUUAUCGUGAUCAAAGCAAUUGGCCGCUACCUGGGCCGCCGUGCCGAGAACAACGGCGUGAUGGAGCGUGACCCGCCGAACUGGAGCAAGGAGGUGAUUGCCAUCACCGGUGGUGCUACUGGCAUUGGCCAAUCGACCGUUGAGCUGCUCUCGAAGAAGUACAAGGCCCGCAUCGCCGUCCUCGAUGUCGCCGACCCGCAGUAUGAGAAGGCUGCGCCGGAUGCACCUCCCAUCCUCUGGAUUCACACCGACGUGACCAAGCCGGAGGCGAUUGCUGCCGCCCACGAGAAGAUCAAGGAAGUGUUUGGCACCUCCCCCUCGGUCGUGAUCGGCUGUGCUGGUAUUGCUGUUGGUGGUCCGAUUCUUACGACUUCGUCUGCCCUUGUCCAGAAGACGUUUGACAUCAACGCACUCCAGCACGUCCGCCUUGCCAAGGAAUUUGUGCCGUUCAUGGCCAAGAACAACCACGGCCAUUACAUCACUGUCGCUAGCUCUGCUUCCUUCUACACCCCGCCCCUGCUCUCUGCCUACUGCAUGUCGAAGGGAGCUGCGCUCGCCUUCCACGAGGAGCUUCGCGUCGAGCUUCGCGUUGCGUACAACGCCCCCCGCGUCCGUACUUCGGUCGUCACUCCGACAAAGGUGCGCACCCUCCUUGGCCACGCCAUGAACGAUGCUGAGAACUCGUUCGUGGACCCUACUCUGGAGCCGAUCGAGGUCGCUUCCGCAAUUGUCAACGCCAUUGCCGAGGGCCGCUCGCACACGAUCUCGCAACCCGUGAUUACCAAGCUGCUGCCGUUUGUGCGUGCGAUGCCCGAGUGGUUCCGCACGAUUGUGGCCAAGCUUGGUGAGACGGACUCGUCGCUCACCACCGACUCGAUCCGUGCCGCCAUCAAGGCUGGCUACGGCAAGAACCUCGGUGCCGAGAACUAUGAAAGCGUUCUCCAGGGCCUGGACCCCUCGUACACGUCCAAGACUGCUUAG